AUGGGUCUACGGAUGUGCUGGGCGCUGGGGACAAAUAUUAGAGAGUUUGUGGUCUCCACGCCCUGGCCCAGCAGAUCUGUGGGCUGCGUCCGAUGGGACGUGGUGACAGCCCCUGGUGCUUCCCUGCAGGUCAAGCUGGUGAACAUUCGCAAUGACGACAUUACAGACGGCAACCCCAAGCUCACCCUGGGCCUCAUAUGGACCAUUAUUCUCCACUUCCAGAUCUCCGAUAUCUACAUCAGUGGAGAGUCCGGGGACAUGUCCGCCAAGGAGAAGCUGCUGCUAUGGACGCAGAAGGUGACCGCGGGUUACGUGGGAGUGAAAUGCACCAACUUCUCGUCGUGCUGGAGCGACGGGAAGAUGUUUAAUGCGCUCAUUCACCGAUACAGGCCGGAUCUGGUGGACAUGGAGCGGGUGCAGAUACAGAGUAACCGGGAGAACCUGGAGCAGGCCUUUGAGGUGGCAGAGCAGCUGGGAGUCACCCGGCUGCUGGAUGCGGAAGAUGUGGACGUCCCCUCUCCAGAUGAGAAGUCGGUGAUCACUUACGUGUCUUCCAUCUACGAUGCCUUUCCCAAGGUCCCCGAGGGAGGAGAAGGGAUCAGCGCGAUAGAGGUGGAUUCGAGGUGGCUCGAGUACCAGAGCUGCGUGGACUCCCUGGUCCCCUGGAUCAAGCAGCACACGCUCCUGAUGGCAGAUGCCUCCUUCCCCCAGAACCCCGUCGAGCUGAAGGCGCUGUACAAUCAGUACAUCCACUUCAAAGAGACGGAGAUCCCAGCCAAAGAGCAGGAGAAAGGGAGGAUCGAGGAGCUGUACAAACUGCUGGAGGUAAGAGCCGGCGUAGCUGCGGGCCGGGGCGCUUGCUACACGGAGACGCUGGCCAAGCUGGAGACCCAGUACUGCAAGCUGAUGGUGAGCGGGCAUUUCCCAGCAUGCUCUGCUGCCCGCGAGUCCCGCCUCUGCACCCCGCACCCUAUUCCCCUGGCACAGGAUACAGGGCUGGAAUUGCUGCUCCAGAUCGCCAACAAAAUCCAGAACGGUGCUCUGAGCUGUGAAGAAAAACUCACCCUCGCCAGGAACACGCUGCAGGCCGACAGACCCAGGGUGGUGGUGGGGGGCGGGCGCCGUUCCAGCCGUCUGCCGGCGCCCAGAUGUGCCACGAGGCUCUUCCCUCCCCCGCUUGGCUCCAGGAUCGUCCGGCUGCAGGAUGAGCUGGUCACGCUGCGCCUGGAAUGCACCAACCUCUACCGGAAGGGGCACUUCUCCACCCUGGAGCUGGUGCGCCCGUCCACCCUGCCCCUGCCUCGCGGGAAGGCCGAGCCCUUGAGCAAGGGCACCCACACGUCCUCGGCCGCCUGGUUCCGGAAGCCCAUGACCCGGGCCGAGCUGCUGGCCAUCUCCUCCUCCGAAGACGAAGGCAACCUCCGCUUCGUGUACGAGCUGCUGUCGUGGGUGGAAGAGAUGCAGGUGGGUGAAACGUCGAGCUCCCGAUUGCGGCACCUCCAGAGCCUCUACAGCUUCGUGUCGCGGGCCACGGCGGAGAUCAUCUGGCUGAACGAGAAGGAGGAAGAGGAGCUGGCCUACGACUGGAGCGACAACAACCCCAACAUGGCAGCCAAAAGGAAUUACUUCUCCGAGCUGACGAUGGAACUGGAAGAGAAGCAGGACGCGUUCCGGUCUCUGCAGGAUACAGCCGAGCUGCUGUCCUUGGAGAACCACCCGGCCAAGCAGACCGUAGAGGCAUACAGUGCUGCCGUCCAGUCCCAGUGGCAGUGGAUCAAACAGCUCUGCUUGUGUGUCGAGCAGCACGUGAAGGAGAACGCUGCUUACUUCCAGUUCUUCAGCGACGCCCGGGAGUCGGAGACCUACCUGCGGAACCUGCAGGACUCCAUCCGGUGGAAGUAUUCCUGCGACCAGAACACCAGCCUGACCCGCCUGGAGGAUCUGCUCCAGGAUUCCAUGGACGAAAAGGAACAGCUCAUUCAGUCGAAGAGCGCCGUUGCCAGCUUGGUGGGCCGGUCCAAAACCAUCGUUCAGCUAAAGCCAAGAAAUCCGGAGCACGUGCUGCAGGGCACCAUCUCGGUCAAGGCCGUGUGCGACUAUCGGCAGAUCGAGAUCACCAUCGGCAGGAACGACGAGUGUGUGCUGGAAGACAAUUCCCAGCGGACCAAAUGGAAGGUGAUCAGCCCGACCGGCAAUGAGGCCAUGGUGCCAUCCGUGUGCUUCCUCAUCCCCCCGCCUAACAAGGAGGCGAUCGACAUUGCCAACAGGGUCGAACAGCUGUACCAGAAGGUGAUGGCCCUUUGGCACCAGCUCCAUGUGAACACCAAGAGCCUGAUCUCCUGGAACUACCUGCGGAAGGACAUUGCCCUGGUGCAAGGCUGGACCGUAGAAAAGCUCCGCUCUCUGGCCCAAGGGGAGUGCCAGCAAGCCCUGCGGAGCCUCCAGGCGCACUACGAGGACUUCCUGCAGGACAGCCGGGACUCAGCACUCCGCUCUCUGCCGGGACUCCUGCGCCUGGAGGAGGACGUGAAGAGCAGCAAGGAGCACUUCCAGCAGCUGCUGGAGUCCAGGGAGAGCGAGGACAAAGACGAGACGGCUGCCAGGACCUUUCUGUCGGAGCUGAAGAACAUCCGUCUGCGCCUGGAGGAGUGCGAGCAGAGACUCGUGGGGCGCAUCCCGUCCCCGAGCAGCGCCAGGGCCGACGGGGACGCUAUCCAGGAAAACACCGUCCGUACUGCGGAGCAGGAGCGCAUGCAGGCGAAUUUGCAGCAGCUAAAGUCUGACUUGCAGCACCUGGCUGAGAGAUGUGAGAGCUUCCUACACCAGUCCCCGACAGGGUCCAGUGCUCCACGUCUUCGGUCAGAGCUCCAGCUGCUGGUAGAGAAGAUGGAUCACGUGUAUGGACUUUCUUCUGUCUACCUGGACAAGUUAAAGACGGUGGGUGCAAUCGUGCGGAGCACCCAAGGAGCAGAGUCCCUGGUCAAAGGGUAUGAAGUGAAACUGAGCCAAGAGGAGGCGGUACCUGCCGAUCUGACAGCCAUUCAGUCUCACAGAGCUACGUUACAGCAAUGGCUCAGUGAGGUGAAGACCAAGAGCGCUGCCUUCUCUGCGUUGGAAGAGGACGUGGCCAAGGCUAAAGCCAUGGGAGAGCAGCUGUGUCGACUGAAGCAAGAGCACAGCUUGGACCUCGAGCGGUACCAGGAGAAGGGAGCGCAGCUGUGGGAUCGCUGGCAGCGAGUUGGCGCUCAGAUUGACACCCGCUGUUCGGAGCUGGAGGGCAUCCAGGAGGUGCUGCGGGAUUACCGGGCGUGCCAUGGAGAGCUGAUCCAGUGGAUCGAGGAGACCACCGCCCAGCAAGAACUAAUGAAACCCGGACAAGCAGAGGACAGCCGGGUGCUCUCCGAACAGCUGAGCCAGCAGACGGUAAGAGAGGCGCUCUGCGCACUGCAGGGUGGGUGCUGAAAGGAGCCGGACAUGGGGGGGUUUAAUGAAUCUGUUGUCUUGUAAAGCUUCCGAUCAUCACCGUCUUAGGGAUGGAAAGACUCGUGGGGUUUGCCAGGACCUGGGUGCAUUCACCACUAGCUCAGCAAAGUGGACGCCCCCGAAGGACAGUGCCUGGCCGUUACCGCUGUCGGAGAGCCCAUCAG